AUGUCGCACUUUCAUAGACCGUUCCGAGCUCAGCAUGUCGGUGCAUCGUCUUCGCCUGCCACGCCAGCCACGCCAGCCACGCCAGACACCCAACAGACACCGCAAGAGCUCAUCGAUCCCAACGUAUAUGGUCCCUUUGGCCAUGAGUACCACCACACCUGUGUGCACUCCUCGCACGCCGUGGCUUCGCAACCCGCUUCGAGCUGGCACAAUGUCGAGACGACCGAUCAGCAUCGACGCGAUUUGCAAGCUGCCUCGCACGAAACUGUGAUCCCGCUACAGCCAAUCGGCACUACUCAUUCGGUCUCGGAUUCGAGUCAGGCCGACUUUGUCACGCAUGCCGAGCCCAUGGCUAUCGACUACACUCAGGAUACCAGAUACACGCUUCGCUCAAGCAUGGAAAAGCCGCACUCGCACUCGCACUCGCCCUCGCACCUGCACCUACGUCGUCGAUCCAGGGGCUUGCACCAGCACUCUCGUGCCGGAAGCUUGUUCGAUAUUGUGCAUGGUCGCGAGAGGAGCAAACCAUCCGACAAGCCACACGUCGAGGUUCACGGCGACGACGUGCCGAUUACCCUGCGACACCUGCUCAAACGUCCUUUGAUCCGCCAGUGGCUGCACGGCAACAAGCUCUACCGCGAAAAGGACGAACGCAAACCCAGCCAGUUCGAACUCGUCUUUGACCUCAUCUUUGUCGCCGUAGUCAACAAACUCGGACAUGCGACCGCCGAGAGCAGCUCGGCGAUCAACGCGUUCAAGUUCGUCUUGAGCUUCUGGCCGUGUUUCUCAAUCUGGACCGACGUACGUCUCUUCUUGAACACGAGCGGCACCGACGACAUGCUGGAGAGGCUCUUGUUGCUCGGAUGGAUGAUCUUGCUCAGUGGAUACUGUGCCAAUGUUUCCGCGGUCCAGAUUGUCAAGGCGACUCCCGAGCUGUUGGCCAAGCUGCACGGCCAAGAGGCGCUCGGUCAGGCACCGGAACAGCUCGAGAAUCAUAGUAUCGUAGCCAAUCUCGAGAGCAUCUUUCGUCGUGCGGCGAGCGCGGCGAGCGCGGCGGAUGCUUCGGAAAGCGUAGAAUUGGCGGUGCCUGCGUAUCAAGACUACUGGUUCACCAACGGAUACGAUCGCGCCAUUCACGCUGCUAUCGGCUUCUUUCUGGUGGCCAAACUCUGGCGCUUGGGCAUCUAUAUCUACUACGGAUUCUGCCUUCCCAAAUUCCGCAAGGCUCUCUGGUUGAAUGCGUUGGCGCUGUUUGUGAUCGCUGCCAUCUACAUCCCGAUCACCAUGACUGGCGAUCCGUUGCUUAUCGUGAUCCUCCUGUCGACCGGCAUCUUUGUCGAGCUCGCUCGUGCCUACGUGGUUGCUGCCGCCAUCAAACUCUUCCACGGACGUCAGAAGCGAACCGGCAACCAUAUGUUCAUCCCUGCGCAAUCGCACGAACAUUCAAUCGAGCGCUAUGUGCUUUUUGUCAUCCUCAUCGUGGGCGAAUCCAUUAUCAGCAGCAACUUCACCGCCGGCUUGGGCCACUAUGGUGUCAAUGACGAAUUCGGUCGUGCCGCUUUAGGCAUCACGAUCAGCGUACUCGUCAUCUGGAUCUACUACGAUGCCGACGGAAGCCGAGUGUACCAGCAUGCACUCCGAAGGAACAGCUUUACGAGCAUCACUUUCAGCCACAUUCACUACCCGUUGACUGCAGCGUUGGUGCUGAUGGCCACGGCGCUGUCGAGCUUGAUCUCGCGCAACGAGAUCAAGGGUGGGUAUGCGUGGUAUUUCGGAGGCUCUGCAUCGUGUGUCUUGGUGUGCUUGGGCUUGAUCGGCUGCUUGCAUAGGAACUUGGACGUACACGCAUCUCGAAUCGUUCCUCGCUGGGUGGUCAUCGCUCUGCGAUUCGGCCUGGCGGUCGAAUUUGCUCUGCUCCCACUCAGGGGCGAUUGGGACUCGCUGAGCCUGAUGAGCAUCGUUGGCGGCAGCUUGGGUUUCUUGGUGCUCUUCGAAACACUAGGCAAGAUCGGCGCCGUGGGUCGAAGGUUCGAUGCCCAAAAGACGAUCGAGAUGUACGCCGACAUGGACGCCAGAGGCGAAAAGCAGUUGAAACUCGAUAAGAGGGCUAGUUGGCAUCCCUUUGACGACCUCACUGCCGGCGAGAGGGGUGAAGAGGACGUAGGCAUCGAAAGCGAGAUUGGCCAUCUCGAGCAACGCGAUCUCACACACGGCCAGAGAUGGGCUUACGCUGCCUAA